AUGAGCGUGAUCGAUCUAUUGACUCGCGUAGAUGCGAUCUGCAAGAAGUAUGAUAAAUACGAUAUAGAGAAACAGAAAGAUUCCAACGUAGCUGGGGAUGAUGCCUUCGCCCGUCUCUACGCUGCCGUUGACUCAGACAUAGAGGAGGCACUACAGAAAGCGGAGAAGGCUUCCGGAGAAAGUAAUCGUGCAUCGGCCGUUGCGAUCAAUGCAGAGAUUCGGAGAACCAAGGCUAGAUUGAUUGAAGAGGUCCCUAAAUUGCAGAGGCUGGCCGUGAAGAAGGUUAAAGGACUUUCAGCGGAAGAACUUGCUGCUCGUAAUGAUUUGGUACUUGCAUUACCUGAUAGGAUUCAGGCCAUACCAGAUGGUGCUGCAGCUGCACCCAAAAAAACUGGUGGCUGGGGAUCUUCGGCUCCUCGUACAGAAAUCAAAUUUGAUUCAGAUGGACGGUUUGACAGUGAAUACUUUCAGCAAACUGAAGGGUCAAGUCAAUUCAGGCAAGAGUAUGAAAUGCGGAAAAUGAAACAGGACCAAGGUUUGGACACGAUAGCAGAAGGUUUAGAUACUUUAAAAAACAUGGCACAUGACAUGAAUGAGGAAUUGGAUAGGCAAGUUCCUCUUAUGGAUGAGAUUGACACAAAGGUGGACCGAGCAACAUCUGACCUUAAGAAUACCAAUGUCCGACUGAAGGACACUGUUAAUCAGCUGAGAUCUAGUCGAAAUUUCUGUAUUGACAUCAUUUUGCUGUGUAUAAUUCUGGGAAUUGCUGCCUAUUUGUACAAUGUGUUGAAGAAGUAG